AUGGUCAGCCAAGCCGAUAACGAUGCGCUUGAGUCGCAAUUUGAGUCGCAGUUCCAGAAGCCCGGUGAUCUGGUGGAGCGCGAUGACGAUACUGGACUUAUGGAAGUUGAGUCUCUUUGCAUGAACUGCCACGAGCAAGGAACUACCCGCCUUCUCCUUCUCCGUGUGCCCUACUUCCGCGACAUUAUCCUGGAGAGUUUCGAGUGCCCCCACUGCCACUUCAAGGACAACUCUGUCAAGUCAGCUGGUCAGAUCCAAGAGCGCGGCGCAAAGUAUACCUUGAAGGUGGAGAACGAGCAAGAUUUGGCCCGCCAAGUCAUUCGCAGUGAUGUCUCUGUCUUCAAACUCGAAGACCUUGGCAUUGAGAUGCCCCGUGGUGAAUCACAGCUUACAAACGUUGAAGGAGUUGUUCAACACAUUCACGAGCAUCUCUCGGGAGAGCAAGAUCUCCGCAAAGAGCAAGCCCCAGAGCUCCACGACGCGCUCGUUCCUAUCAUCGCCAGUCUGAAAAAGAUCCUUGAUCGCGAUGACGCUUUCCCCUUCACCAUCUCUCUGGACGACGCCACUGGAAACUCGUGGAUCGCACCCAACACCACUGACCGUGGCGGCAAGUACACUCGUCGCGAAUACCCCCGAACCCACGAGCAAAACGAGGAGCUUGGAAUCGCUGCGGACACACAGGCUGUCGAUGCCGAGAAGAACCAGAUGGACUUUGGUAACCCCGAGGACCUUGACAUUGUCGACGGCCAGGUGUACACCAUUCCCGCCGAGUGCCCAGGAUGCAGCAAGGCAUGCAAGGUCAACAUUAAGAAGCUUAACAUCCCCUACUUCAAGGAAGUCUUCAUUUGGGGUACCAACUGUGACGGUAUUGAUGAGGCCGAGUCCUUCGGCCAGGUUCCCCACGAGGGAUGUGGUUACCGAAGCAGUGAAGUCCGCACCGGUGGUGCCGUUCCCGAGAAGGGUAAGACUAUCACUCUUCGCGUCGAGAACGAGCUCGAUAUGUCUCGUGAUAUCUUGAAGUCCGACACCUGUCAGCUUCAGAGUGACGAUUUGGAUCUUUCCGUGGAGCCCGGUACUCUCGGUGGACGAUUCACCACAGUUGAAGGAUUGCUUGUCGAGAUCCGCGACCAGCUCAAGGGAACCAUCUUCUCCGGUGUUGAUGAGACUACCGGUGGUGAUGGUAUGGCUUCCUCCGAUAAGGAGACCUGGGAGCGUUUCUUCAACCGUCUCGACCAGGCCAUCAACGGCGAGCUUAAGUUCUCUAUUACCCUCAAGGACCCCAUGGCGAACUCCUAUGUGCAAGACCUCUGCACCCCGGAAGUCGACCCUCAGAUCACCUCCGAGGAGUACACUCGUACCGAGGAAGAAGAGGAUGACCUUGGCUUCAAGGACAUGAAGACCGAGGGCUACGAGCAGGAUGCCCAGACCAACGGAGCUACCAAGGAGUAA